ACUCGAGAUGCAUCCCCCCGAGGAGGGGCUCGCCAGGGCACGGAAGUGGCCGGGGCAAUGUCGUUUGUCAAUACCACCCUAUCGUGUGGGGAAUGCCAGCUCACUUGAGAGGUCACGAUGGCAAAAGUACUCAGAUUCAUGCUGGCACGAAUAUCCAUGCUUGCAGGCCUCUGAGAUCGAUCUGAUGGCCUUCCGAAAGGAGCCAUGAUGACCAUUGGGCCCCCGGAUAGGUCGAAAAGCUCGACGUGUAUAAAUGUCGAGGACAUUCCCACCGGACAGAGUAUUCAUUUCUUGCCUCAGCACCAGCAACAAAACUCCCAAAGUCAGCUCAAAGGUGAGGAGAACUCCCUCUUACCUUGGGAUCUAUCAUCACUGUCACGCCACCUGAUCACUAACAAACCCUACCGACCCCAACAGUCCUCAGCAAGCCUCUCACGUCUCCCAAGAUUUAUCCCUUUACAACCGCCAAAAUGCUCUUCAAGAACGUCUUCGUUGCUGCCACCGCGCUCUUCGGCUUCGCCGCUGCCAGCCCCGUCGGCGUCGCCGAGAAGUCUGUCCUCCCCCGUCAGGCUUCUGCCAUCAAGACUGCCCUUCUGGCCGCCCAGGCGCAGACCAUCACGCUCCGCGACACCUUUGCCGCUGCCACCGGCACUGACCCCAACGAGGUCACCACUCUCCGUGCCCAGAGCGCCUCGCUCCUUAACUCCAUCAACGCUGCCACCGCCGUUGUCCAGGCCAGCCCGGCCCUGACCCUCCUCGACGUGCUCGGCUUCGCCUCGACCGUUUCCUCACUCCAGCAGACCCUCGACUCUACCCUGGACGUUGUCGUCAGCAAGAAGCCCCAGGUUGACUCUCUCGGCCUCACCGCCGAGGUCCACCAGACCCUCCUCGACCAGAAGGCCGCCAUUGACAACUUCGGCGUCGUCCUCCUCACCAAGGUCCCCACUGCCGCCAAGAGCAUCGCCCAGGGCUACAUCAACAACUUUGACGCCAGCUUCAACACGGCCAUCGCUGCUUACGCAUAAGUCAUCGCGUAUGCUAAUCAUAGGCCGGCACUCCCUCAUUCCGGGAGCGGCGUGGGGAUGAGUCUUGACAGUUGGUAGUAAAAAUGGGGGGCGGAAGCUGACGCGCAUCCAAAAGAUCACCUGCAUUACUAAGCUUUUCCUGCUUCCGCCUUUGAUUGUCCAGUCCAUGUAUAUAGUGCAGGAUACAUAUUGUUACGAGUAGGAACCACGAAUUGACGACGUUAUUGUCGCAGAAGCGUUUCUCAUUGUUAACCUAUUGAUGGGCCUGGCCAAUCUCCCCCAAUGCGUUUGACGUUCUCCAUAUUGAUCGCAGGAAGAAGCCUUAG